AUAUUUGUGUUUAAAAAUAUGAUUUUAAACUAAAAACAGAGCUAAAAAUACAUUUUUAAAAUGAAGAUUAUUCACUUGAAUGAACAACUAUCUAUAUUUGGCUGACUUUGUGUGGUGUGGUAACUGUGGUUAUGUGGGUCAUGAUCGUAACGAUAAAAACGACCGAACGUGAGAAGCAGAGAAGUUAUUAUAAUUUCGUUGAAAAACAACUAUAUAAUUGGAAUACUGCAGACACAAACAAACUUGUAUCUUGUAUCUGACAAAUAUUAUUUUGAUGUCGCUCGUUUGAUUAUCUCUCCGGACUUUAUCGGUUCGUUUUCUAUUUAUUUACCUCUCAUAAAUGAUUUAGGUCAACAAACUCUGAUAAAAGAAAUUAAAAACAACUGGUUUGGAUUGACGACUGUGGUAAUACAUAUUCAGGUUUCGUGGUUUGUGUCGACAGUAAUGAAAAUAUUUGGUUGCUUUAUCAGUGCUCAGUAGCCUUCAGUUAUUACUGCAUAAACGUAGAAAAAUCUAAAAUGAGGUUGGUGAUUUUGAAUGAUCCAAAUGAAGUUGCAGAAUGGGCAGCCAGAUAUGUUAAAAAAAGAAUUCAAGAUUUUCAACCUGGUCCUGAGAAAUAUUUUGUAUUAGGACUACCUACAGGCAGUACCCCCUAUGGAAUGUAUCAAAAGUUAAUUGAGUUUUAUAGAGCUGGAAAAAUUUCAUUCAAAUAUGUAAAAACUUUUAAUAUGGAUGAAUAUGUAAACCUUCCCAGAGAUCAUCCUGAAAGUUAUCAUUACUACAUGUUUAAUAAUUUCUUCAAACAUAUCGAUAUUGACCCUAAAAAUGCUCAUGUUUUGGACGGGAAUGCACCUGAUCUGAUCCAGGAAUGUAAUAAAUAUGAGAAAGAAAUUGCUGAUGCGGGUGGCGUGGAUCUCUUUAUUGGAGGUAUUGGUCCUGAUGGGCAUAUAGCUUUUAACGAACCCGGAUCAUCUUUAUUAUCAAGAACUCGCGUUAAAACCUUAGCUCAAGAUACCCUACAAGCAAAUGCAAGAUUUUUUGGGAACGAUAUAGGAAAAGUGCCGAAACAAGCCUUAACAGUUGGCGUUGGCACUGUUAUGGAUGCAAGAGAAGUAAUGAUUUUAAUAACUGGUUCACAUAAAGCCUUUGCCUUAUACAAGGCAAUCGAGGAGGGGAUAAAUCACAUGUGGACAGUGUCUGCGUUCCAGCAACAUCCCCAGACAUUUAUAAUUUGUGAUGAAGAUUCAACUAUGGAAUUAAGAGUCAAGACUGUAAAGUAUUUUAAGGCAUUAAGCGACGUGCAUCAAAAACUUAUCGAGGAAUCAUCAUCCGUGGACCAAUUCAGGACACUUCAUUAAAUGAUGAUGGCUUUAUCAGAAGAAUAUGAAAAAUUAAUUGAAGAAGUAAGAACAAGUAUAUCAUGAACAUUUUUUAUUAUAUAAGAUUACGUAAGUUUUAAGAUAAACAUAGAAAUAUAGAAAUUACAAUGGGAAAUAAAUACUAUUUUACUGGAU